GCCAUUUAAUCGAGGGCACUAUUAGAUUAUGUACGGUACAAACUUUGCGCGAAGCCUGAAGUUGUUCCAGUUGCUGACGCUAGGAGCUGUCCGCGGUACUGAAACGGCUCGACUCAGUCUGAGAGGUGCUGACAGAAAUUGAACAUUCUCUGGCUCUCCGUUCACAAUUAUAAAUCUGAUCAGAGCUCCGGUCUCGCGCAGCGAUCUCGUUCCUCACGGCGCGUGCUGCGGAGGUCUCGCGGAACGUUUGUGUCCUGCUCCUCUUUAAAUAUUCGGAAAGUGUUUUAAUGCAAGGACAUAUUCUGUGAUAGGAACCCUCUGCCGCGAGAAUGAACUCGACAAGAAAUUACAAACCAAGCAUGGGCAUUCUGUUUCUGGUCGUAAUUGCUGGCUUGGGGAUGGCACGAGGGCAAGGUUCUUUUAUGAAUGGGAGGUUAGCAGUCACCCAAAGAGGAGGUCAGCUGGAAGCAGAGGACGGGUCUAACCCAUAUCACACCACACAGGACACAGACAGAGACCUGCCCCAUUUCACAACAGCUCCUCCUUACAGUGGCCUCGACCACCAUCCACCUUUUAAGCCCUACCCGCCUUACGACCCCCGAGGCCAAAGCCACGAGCAGUAUUUUCAGGACAGCGGAGGGGCAGCUCACCUUCCCACAGUGCCAUCCUCUAGUUCCCAUCUCCUCCAGGAUCUGUCCACACCGCUGGUCCCACACGAGGACGCUCCUCCAUUCUCUGAUGUAGCAGCUCCCAGAACCACCACACUGGCUCCAUCGGCCGCUGCCCUCACCCAGCCACACGUUCCCAACAUCCAACCUUCAGCCGAAACUCAGAGGAGAAGCACAAAGGAACCACCGAUAUCCAUGACUGUAGCGUCACUGACCACUACUGAUGCACACACAUCCACACCGCCUGCUUCCAAAAAGUUAGACACAGAUGAUGACACUCCGACCUUAAACAGCGAGCCUAUCCCGGUGAAAAGAGACAAAGAAAAGUCCUCGACGAUCAAGGUACAUGGCACUCCAGGAAGUGUAAAAGCAUCGUCAAUGCCUUCGGCUUUGGAUGAUGAGACCACCACCUCCACCAUCAUCACUACAACGGUUAUUACGACCAUGCAGACGCCAGCUCCAUGCAGCACCAAUUUCACAUCGCCGGGAGGCUACAUAGAGACGCCACAGCAAGCCAGGAGCUGGUACAAUAUGAAUCUGGACUGCACAUACACCGUGACAGUCUACAUGGGCUUUGGUGUGGAAAUUCAGGUGAUGAACGUGAGCCUGGCUGAGGGUGACGUGGUGAGAUUCGAAGACCUGGGCGGCAGGGAACCUUCAAUGUUGGCCAACGAGUCCAUCUUGCUUAAAGGUCUAGUGGUACGCAGCUGGAGCAACCAAAUAUCCAUCCACUUCCGUAGCCAGCAGCCGCAGUCCAGCUCCUUGCUGCUGCGUUACCAAGCAUUUGUCUUGAGUUGCAACUUCCCUGAUAGACCAGCAUACGGAGAUGUGUCCGUCACAAGCCUCCAUGCGGAGGGAGAGGCCUAUUUCUACUGCUUCAAUGGAUAUCAACUCCAGGGUCCCUCCACACUGACGUGCCGCAACGCCACCACACCCUACUGGAGUGGCAGAGUGCCACGGUGCCUUGUGGCCUGUGGUGGAAUGGUGAAGAACGCGACUCUCGGCCGCAUUGUAUCGCCUGGUUUCCCUGGUAAUUACAGCAACAACCUGACCUGUCACUGGGUGCUGGAGGCCCCUGAGGGUCAAAGACUGCACGUGCACUUCGAGAAGGUGGCCCUCGCCGAAGAUGAUGACAGGUUUCUGAUCAAAAAUGGCAACCACAUCGACUCGCCCAUUCUGUAUGACUCGUAUGAGGUGGAAUACCUUCCGAACGAGGGAAUCGUUUCUUCCAACAGACAUCUCUUUGUGGAGUUCACGACGGAUGGUUUCGGGACCAACACGGGGGUGGCCAUCAGAUAUGAAGCUUUCGCAGCAGGGCACUGCUACGAGCCAUUUGUCAAGUACGGCAACUUCACCAGCACUGACAGCACCUACGCUGUGGGCACGGUUGUGGAGUUCACCUGCGACUCCGGCUACACCCUGGAGCAGGGCUCCGUCAUCAUCGAGUGCAUGGAUCCCAGCAACCCUCAAUGGAAUGAGACUGAACCCGCCUGCAGAGCUGUUUGCAGUGGAGAGAUCACAGAUUCAGCUGGGGUGGUGUUAUCUCCAAACUGGCCUGAGGCCUAUGACAAGGGUCAGGACUGCAUCUGGGGGAUCCAUGUUGAAGAAGACAAGAGGAUCAUGCUAGACAUCCAAGUUCUCCACACGGGAAAGAACGACCUGCUGACUUUCUACGACGGAGAUGACCUGACUGCAAAGAUAUUGGGCCAGUACGGCGGUUCCCGUCCUCGUUUCAAACUCUACACCUCCAUGGCUGAUGUGACCAUCCAGUUCCAGUCGGACCCUGCUACCAACAUCUAUGGCUACAACAACGGCUUUGUGGUGCACUUUUUUGAGGUUCCCCGUAAUGACACCUGUCCAGAGCUUCCAGAGAUCUCUAACGGCUGGAAGAGCACAUCUCACCCUGACCUGGUACACGGCACGGUGGUGACCUAUCAGUGUUACCCGGGCUUUGAGGUGGUGGGCACCGAAAUGCUCAUGUGUCAAUGGGACCUGACCUGGAGCGGAGACUUGCCCAGCUGUGAAAGAGUCCUGUCAUGCCCAGACCCAGGGUCAGUGGAGCACAGUCGCAGGGUGAUGUCCGGCCCGCGUCUCAUCGUAGGCUCGACUGUCCAGUAUAUCUGUAACAAAGGCUACUCAUUGUCAGGAAACAGCCUCCUCUCCUGCUACCAUCGUGACUCCACCGGCCCCAAAUGGAGCGAGAAACUGCCCAAAUGCGUUCCUGAAUCGUAUGAGCCGUGUAGGAACCCCGGCACUCCACCCUAUACCAUUCAGAGCUCCGAGAAGCGUGCGUAUCAGGCUGGGGAAACUCUGCGCUUCUCCUGCAUGAGUGGGUAUGAGCUCCAGGGUGAGCCUGUUCUCCGAUGUGUCCCCGGGCACCCUUCCAAAUGGAGUCAUCCACCCCCACUGUGCAAAGCUCUCACUUUUCUCCCAGCGGUAACACAGGAGUACAUAGAUGAACGUAGGCUGGAUGUGGCCAGUGCAGAUUUCAGCAUGGAGGGAGCCAGUGUGGCUGUUUCCAUUUUCAUACCAGUGGCUGUAAUCAUAAUCAUCAUCAUGUCGAUAUAUUUCUACUUUUCAAGGGUGCAGGGGAAGUCUCUACGAUUGUCCAUGUCCACAUCACCACAAUAUGAUCACAUCAGAGGAGAGUCAGCUUUUGAAAACCCCACUUACGAAACUGCAAACAAUGAGAGACCUAUGAUUCAAAGCAGCCACCAGAGGUACUCUCUAGGAUUCUGUUGUAAAGAAAGAGCCUGUAAGGAGAGUUGAUGAAGGGAAUAGCAUCACAUGGACGAGGAUGAGAAGGACACGAGAGAAUACGAAGUUUCCAUUUAAAUAAAACAAAGCUUGUUUUAGCAUGGAGGACAGCAAGCCUUUCUCUGCCUUGUGGAAGAUCUUCUCAGUUCCUCUCACAUCUUGUGUAGCCAACUCUGCUCUUAUCCUCACCUGGACCUACCUUCUCGUCUUUUCUCAUCUGCUGUAAAUAUCACCUUGCUUCUGAGGACUUCCACAAGCGAAGAGUGUGGACAACAUGAUAUUAUUUUUGUAGAGCUUCAAUAGCAUUGUCCUGGCAGAAUUGCUUGUACAGUUUCUACCCGUAAUUGAGCCAAAUCAAAUGAAUUAAUGAAUUCAAAAGAAUGACUGACAAUAGGGGGGACCAUGUUAUUUAGGUGACUGAUGUCUCUCUUAACAGAUUUAUUUAUUUAAGUUGCACUUUUCCACUCAGAACCCCCCCCCCCCCCC